AUGGAAAUUAUUGACUGUAUAAAACAUCAAUUUUUAGACAUAAGAGUUUGGAAAUUGUUUCAUUAGUACCAAAUGUUAGAUUGCUUAUGGUUUUGUAAAUUACGAAAUCCAGAUAGCUAUUUAAAGAUUUAUUCUAAAUCCAAUUCCAUUUCAUAUGCCUACUCUUGAUA